AUGGGAUCAUCCACUCGAUCAGUUGAUGAUGUUCUCAAGACCUUGAAUUCCAUCAAACCAGAGGACUUCGCAGCCGAUGGUGAUCGAAGCAACGUCCUCCUGGCUGCGUAUGCUCUUGUAAGCCGCCUUGAGACGCCCUGGGAGGCUGUUGCAAGGCUGUGUAUGAACCAGCCUGCUCUUGAAGCCAGCUUGAAGGUGGCCAAAGAUUUGCAGUUGUUUGAGAAGUGGCAUGAGAGAGGUGAUGGGCCAGAAAAAAGUGACACCUUGGCGGACCUGGUUCAGUGUGAUAAGCAGCUCUUCUCUCGUAUUCUGCGGCAUUUGGCAGUGAACCAUAUUCUUCAAGAAGUUUCGGCAAGUGUGUACAAGCCUACGGCCUUCUCUCUGUCUCUCCUCCAGCCCGUCUUCGGGGAGUGGAUCAAUUAUCUGUAUGAUGCUGCCAUUCCUUGUUUCCAUCGGAUGCCAGAGUAUCUUCAGAAAACACGUUACCAGACGCCUAUAGACCCUGAUGAUGGCGUGUUUCAGUAUGCCAAAGAUUACAAGGGAGAUUUGUUCAAAUAUUACGCAGAUCAUCCCAAAGAAGGCGCAUCCUUCAACCAUGUCAUGGGAGGUGUCAUGGCCAAUCAGGCCAGCUGGGUGAACAUCAUCCCUGCUGAGGCCUUUAUCAAUGGUUCGGAUCCUAGUCAACCGCUCAUUGUUGACGUAGGAGGAAAUGUUGGUCAUGAUAUCGAGAAAUUCCGCAAGGAAUUUCCAGAGACGGCUGCACGGCUGUAUCUGGAGGACAAGCCCGGAGUGAUUGCACUGUCAAAGUGCCCUGACCCCGUGAACAAAAUUCCUCACGACUUCUUCCAGCCCCAACCAAUUAAAGGUUCCCGUGUCUACUACAUGCAUGGUGUUCUGCAUGACUGGGCUGAUGAGCCGGCUCGCAAGAUCCUCCAAAUGCUCCGGGAUGCUCUGAAGCCUGGUUACAGCAAACUUCUGAUUCAUGAUCACAUAGUCCCAGAGGUCUCAGCCCACCCACAUGCGACAUCGUACGACUUGACCAUGAUGGUUUUGGUUGCAGGGCUAGAAAGGACCGAAAGCGCCUGGCAUGCUUUGCUUCAGUCAGCUGGAUACAAGGUCAUCCGGGUAUGGAGAUCGCCUCUGGCAGCCCAAGCUAUCCUGGAGGCCGAGUUGGCAUAA